GCAUGUGAAAGUCCAUUCAUAUUGAUUGCCCUUACACAAAGAGCACUCACUCCUUGCGCUCCACCAACUCUUCUUACUCCUUCCUACUACUAGCACCUCAAUUACUUGAUUCAAUUCUCCUUCUGGAUUGUACUUCUAGUCUUGUGUGCAUUUAGACAACUUUCAAUUCUAUCCGCAUCUUCCGACAUUCAAGCGCCCAUCAUGUCCAAAACAUUCUCCAUAGCCGAUGUGGCAUCCCACAACAAAGCAGACAACCUGUACAUUGUGGUCGAUGAAGAUGUCUAUGACUUGACCAAGUUUCAGGACGAGCAUCCAGGUGGAAAGAAGAUCCUUCAGCGAGUGGCUGGCAAAGACGCCUCGAAACAGUUCUGGAAAUACCACAACGAAGGCAUCCUCAAAAAGUAUAAGGCGAAGUUGCAGGUCGGAUCAUUAGACACCAAGAAGACUGCCGCACCAGCUACCCCUCCGGCUACACCUCCGGCGCAAGAAAAGAAGGAGAAAGUCGUGCCCCAGGCCGAAUCUGGGACAGUCGCCCCUGCGCCUGGCCCGCUAGCCCAGGAAGAAGCUGAGGCACAGGAUCCCUUUGGUGACCUCAUUCCCUUUGGCGACCCAAGCUGGUAUCAGGGUCACCAUUCCCCCUACUACAACGAAACCCACGCUGCGCUCCGUGCUGAAGUCCGAGAAUGGGUCGAAUCCGAGAUCGAACCGUAUGUGACCGAAUGGGACGAGGCCAAGAAAGUCCCAGACACCAUCUACAAACAAAUGGGUGAACGAGGCUACCUCGCUGGUCUAAUGGGCGUGAAAUACCCGAAGAACUUGGCAAAGAAUACCGUCAAGAGCGUGCCACCGGAGAAGUGGGAUCUCUUCCACGAAAUGCUGCUCACGGAUGAGCUCUCCAGGACCGGUUCUGGCGGUCUGGUCUGGAACUUGAUCGGAGGGUUUGGUAUCGGAUGCCCACCACUCGUCAAGUACGGCAAGAAGGAGUUGGUCAACCGCAUUCUACCUGGUAUUCUUGCUGGUGACAAGAGAAUAUGUCUGGCCAUUACGGAACCUGAUGCCGGCUCUGAUGUGGCCAAUCUGACCUGCGAGGCCAAACUCAGCGAAGAUGGGAAACACUACAUCGUCAAUGGCGAGAAGAAGUGGAUCACCAACGGUAUUUGGUGCGACUACUUUACCACCGCCGUAAGGACUGGUGGUCCCGGCAUGAACGGCGUAAGUCUCUUGUUGAUCGAGCGAGGAGAAGGUGUGAGCACCCGACGAAUGGACUGCCAGGGUGUCUGGAGCAGUGGAACGACCUACAUCACAUUCGAAGACGUCAAGGUUCCCGUGGAGAACGUUCUCGGAAAGCCCAACAAGGGAUUCCAGGUGAUCAUGACCAAUUUCAACCACGAACGGAUUGGAAUCAUAAUUCAGUGUGUACGAUUCUCCCGGGUGUGCUUUGAAGAGUCGGUGAAAUAUGCAUCCAAGAGAAAGACGUUUGGCCAGAAGCUCAUCAAUCAUCCCGUCAUCCGCUUGAAGCUUGCACACAUGGCACGUCAAAUCGAGGCCACCUACAAUUGGCUGGAGAACGUCGUGUAUCAAUGCCAGAAGAUGGGCGAGACGGAAGCCAUGUUGAGACUGGGAGGAUCUAUUGCUGGUCUGAAAGCGCAAGCCACCACAACGUUUGAGUUCUGCACCAAGGAGGCUGCCCAGAUCUUUGGCGGUCUUGCAUACUCGAGGGGUGGACAAGGUGGAAAAGUGGAGAGAUUAUAUCGGGAUACAUUGGCCUACAAGAUUCCUGGUGGGAGUGAAGAGAUCAUGUUGGAUCUGAGUAUUCGGCAGAGCAUGAAGGUACACAAGGCUUUGGGUAUGAAGCUGUAGGGGAAGAAUAGGGGUAUACAGUAUAUACACAGUAGGGCAGCAUUGGUGUGAAACCUUGUUGGAUGUAGGCCUAUAUCAAAACUUCAUCACGUGGGUGAAUGCUCGCACCCGUUA